AUGGAAGAUGGAGAGGCAGAGCUCUCGGACCAUCACACAGGCAAUUCGUCGAACACCUGCAGUACACCACCAAAGCUUGAAACUUCACUUCUCGAAGGCACCAUGAAGAACAGAAGAACGAUUACAAAAACUCACACAGAUGAUCAUGCUUCGGUGAAACCCGCGAAGUCAUCGGGAAAUCGAGUUGCGGUUAGGAAGUAUCGAGAGAAGAAGAAAGCGCAGAACGCUUAUUUAGAGGAAGAAGUUAAGAAACUACGGGUUGCGAACCGAGGAUUGAUUCGGAAACUGCAGAUUCAGGCUGCUCUUGAAGCAGAGGCUGUGAGACUUAGAAGAUUGUUGCUGAAUUUAAAAGCUCAGAUCGGUUACGAACUGGGUGUGUCUCCAUUUUACAAGCAGAGCUGUAAUGGCAGCUCCGAUGGUUGCAGUGGUCGUGAUGAACAGUAA